UUUUUGAUUGACGUCAAAAUGAAAUUCAUAUAUUUUAAAUUUUUGAUAAUCACAUUUCAUAAAUUGACAAUGAAAUGUCUUCCAACACGUUAUACAGUAGUAAUAUUAACAUCAGUGGGGUUAGGACUUUUAUACGCACACCGAAUCCACAUAAAUUUAACUAUAGUGAGUAUGGUGAAUCAAACUGGUAUCGAACAAAACCAAACUGGUGUUUGUUCGAAUAAAACUCAAGAAGAAAAAUCUCAAAAAAAGAAUCACAAAGGUGAAUUUACCUGGUCGAAUUCUCUACAAGGAAUAAUUUUAAGUUCGUUUUAUUGGGGAUAUUUAGUUGUAAUGCUUCCAAGUGCAAGAUUAUGUGAAUUAUGUAGUGUUAAAUGGGUCUUUUUUUCUGGUAUGGUUUUAAACAUAAUUCCUUCUUUAUUAAUUCCGAUAAGUUGCGAAAUACAUUAUUACCUUGUUAUUGCGAUGAGAAUUUUGCAAGGUUUUGGAUCUGGGGCGACGAUUCCCGCAACAUCUUUAAUUUUAGCACGAUGGGUUCUAAAAUCGGAACGAAAUACUAUGGCUAGUUUAACAUUUUCUGGUACAACCGUUGGGAUGGUUGUUGGUACUUUAGUUGUAGGAAUUAUCGAUUCUCAUUUGGGUUGGAAAAAUGUUUACUACAUCAUCGGAAGUGCUUGUAUUCCUUGGUUAUUUUUUUGGGUUAUAUUUACUGCCGAUUAUCCACAACAAGCUAGAUUUAUUAAACAAGAAGAACUUGAUUUGUUAAUGUCCUCGCUGGAAGAUAAACAAGAUGAUAAAAAAACUGUAAUUUUAUGGAAAAAUUUAUUCUUAUCAAAACCAUUUUGGGCGCUUUUUAUGGCGCAUGGUUGCUCAAAUUGGAUUGGAUACCUUCUUAUAACCGAUAUGCCAAUUUAUCUACAUAAAGUUCAUCUUCUUCGCGUAGAUUUUAUCACUAAUUUCAUCGCAAUUGGAGGAACUUUAAGUUGGAUAUACAGUAUAUCAUUUGGAAGAACACUCGAUUAUCUAAGACAAAAAAAGAAUUUAAGCCAAACGUGGGCAAAAAGAACAGCAACUUUAGUCACAUAUAUUCCAAUGUGUGGUUUAACCAUCGCCAUGGCUUAUAUUGGGUGUAAUUGGUUGGCAGGAACAAUCAUCUUAACUUCAAUCAUGGCGUUAUUAGGAGGAGCUUCUUGCGGAUGGUUAUCGAAUCAUGUUGAUAUCGGACCUAAAAUUGCCGCUACUCUUAUGGCAUUAACAAAUACUGCUGGAACAACAUCCGGGAUACUUGUACCAAUGUUUGUUGGUUGCAUUUUAGGGGAUGGAACCAAUAUGAAGUCAUGGUUUGUUAUAUUUUGGGUUGCUGCUGGUUUCAUUUUAAUCUUAGUUGUUGUGUAUGCCGUUUUUGGAUCUGGAGAAAUACAAAAUUAUUACAUUGAAGUUGAAUUAAGUGAAAAUAAUAAGUAAUAAGACGAAUCAAAAAAAAAAUUUUA